ACUAACACGGCUACCUCUCUGAUACUUGACACAUAUUUGAAAAGACAACCAAAAAACCCAAACAGAUCCUUUUGCUAUGUUACCAGUGACUGCACUACAGAAAUUUUAAAUGGAAAGAAUUGUAAUACACAUACUCUUCAGCAUUUUUAUGUUAUAUUUUCAUUUAACUCAACAAGGAUACUGAAAAGUUAAUAAGCAUUUUACUUUCUUCUUAGAGUUUGAGUUUCCAAAACUUUAGGGAAAUAUUAAAGUAGAAUUUUUAGUUAUCAUUCUUUACUGCAUACUCUUCAUGCUCCCUUCCUUUUAAACUUUCCUGAAAACAUUUAAGUUCACAGUAGGUUUUGUUUAUUAAAAAAACUAAAGUUCUAGCAAAUGCUACUUGACAGUGUCUAUUUAAAGUUGCAUUUACAGCUUUCCAGAUCAGAAACGUAGCACCUUUUCUGACAGAAGCAAACAGAAUACAAAUCCCUGCUAUAAUUGUCUCUAAAGUAUCAGUUUUUUCCCCUAUCAAAUUAAUGGUGUUGGGUUUGUUUAAAAAAAUUUUUUUUGGCAAGAAUUACAUUUCUCUUGGCUAUUUCUUUAGUGGCUGAGAAACCUGGAAGAGGUGGUGACGGCCCAGUUUAUUAUUUUAUUAGUCAUGUUGUUCAGCCUGCUUCCACUAAUGCUGGAGUGUCUAAUGCAGUUAGUGAGAGCUGGCGCUACUGUAAAUACCUGUACAACACGUUUUGCCCAAACACCAGCCCAUAUUGCUGCUUUUGGAGGACAUCCUCAGUGCCUGAUCUGGUUGGUUCAAGCAGGGGCCAACAUAAACAAGCAGGAUUAUGUUGGUGAAACCCCUAUUCAUAAAGCAGCACGAUCUGGUAGUAUGGAUUCCAUAAGUGCCCUUGUAGCUCAUGGAGCUCAAAUAGACUUGAGAAAUGCCAGUGGACUGACAGCAGCAGAUCUUGCACAUACCCAGGGCUUCCAAGAGUGUGCCCAGUUUCUCUUGAACCUCCAGAACUGUCACCUGAACCGUUUCUUUAGCAAUGGCACGUUAAAUGGAGGUCCCAAUCCAGUCAAUGGUGGGACAAGUCGAAAGAGAUCCUUUGAAGAUGUGGAUUCUGCUGGAGUAAAGAAAGCUAGGACUGAAGCUCAUAACUUUGGCUUAAUACCAAUGAUGAAUGGAGGAAAUGAGGAUGAUGCUGACAAUAUGCACAUUGAUAAAGAGUUUGCUGUUGUAUCAGAUAUGAAUAGCAGUAGCUCCGUUUUGAAUGCAUUGACAAAUGGAUGUACCAUCAAUGGACAUUUGGACUUCACCGCCAUAACACAGUUCAAUGGAAUGGAUGCCAGGCAUGAAGAAUGUUUAACAUUAAUACCUAAUGGAAUAACUCCUGAAGUAGCUUCUGCCAAUAGGCACAGAAUUCACACCAGUAACGGCACUGAAGAACCAGAAAAAGCCAUGAAUACUUCUGCCGAUAUGUGUGGUUCACUGCAUCUGAAUGGAAGCCCAAGUAGCUUUGUGUCUAACAGGCCAUCAUGGGUUGAUGAUCUUGGAGAUACUUUGCACUAUGGGCAUUAUCAUGGUUUUGGGGAUACCGCUGAAAGCAUCCCUGAACUUAACAGUGUUGUUGAGCAUUCAAAUUCUGUUAAAGUUGAACAGAAAUACGAUAAUACUGUCUUAGGCACAAUGUAUCUUUAUCAUGGCUCCUAAAUCAGCAUCUUGUUUGUCAAAUUCAUGUUGAAAUUGCUAGCAAAUGUUUGAGAGGGACAAAAAAUCCUCACCUAGCAUUAAAUCUGAAGAAUGCAACUAUUACUAUUUUUACACUUUUGUUUAUAUAAAAAGUAAACCUUUCAUUUGACAGUCUUAUACUAUAGUUCUAAUUUGUUGCAUGUAUGGGGCUUAUUUAGUGAUGCAAGUAGGUGGUGUUACAAUGAAAUGUUUAUUCUUUGCAUUUUACUAUGGAAUGUUGUGGUUUUUUACUUUUAUUUUAUUUCCAAGCUAGUGAACACUAUCUUUCCCCUUUUUAAAAAAUGUUUUCCCUCUUAUUAAUAUGAUCAAACUGUAUUGAAUUUUGUGCAGAAAACAAGUUAUGUGUUUGUGCGUGCAUUACUCUUGAAGUAAAUGUUUUCCUUUUUUGUAUUCUCUGCUGAAGCUAUGGUAGCAACAUCAAUGCCAGCUGUCACUAUGCAAGGUUUGAAAAGUGUUGUUCUUCAAGGAGCUUCUCUGAUUUACAAAUUGUGCAUUUAUUGAAUUGAAAGUUCAUCUUUACUUUCUAUGACAAAUGAAAUGUUAAAAAUGCAAAGACAAAAGUUUGAAAAAUGUUUCACUUUAAUGUAGCAUAGGAAUUAUUUUCUUCAUUGUUAGGGCCCUUUGCAUUAUAGAAGUGGAAAAGCAGAUUACCCAUAUUUGGCUGCAAGGCAGGGUUGGUUCUGAUUUUUGGACUUUAUUUUUCUUCUCUAUUUUAAAUGUGUGCUUGAUAUUUUACCAUAGCUCACAGCUUGGAGGCAUGUUGGCACUGUUUUUGCUUUUUAUGCAAUUUAAAAUUACUGCUACUUGUUAUAGAAAUCGUCAGGUCAAAAUAUUUGACUGAUUUUGAUAUACUGUACAUAUAUUUUGUUCGCUUUGUGUUUUUUACAACUGCUUUCUAAUGCUGUGUAUAUCUAGCCAGUUAAGAUUACUUUUAGGGCUAUGUUCACUGAAAAUACAUUGUAUUUAAAGCUUAUUACAAAAGUAAAAGUUCAUACAAGUGCUCUGUAAAAACAUUAAAUAAUGUAAGAUACUACUUUUUGUGAUUUGAUAAAAGAACGGUGGGAGAAUAUAUUAAACAAAAGAAAGCCAGUAAGACCUUUGAACUGUA